AUGCUGUGCUCGAUGUUGUUUUGCAUCUUGUGCGCCGUCGGCUUGGGGGCGCCGGGAUUGAAGAAUGAAAAGCGCGGCGAUAAGCUUUGGGUGCCGACCGAUACGCCGGCGCAGGGGGAUAAGAAUUACGUCGAUGCGAAUUUUGGCUCGGAGACGCGCUUCGCGCAGGUGAUUUUACGAUCGACGACGAACGGGGCGAACGUGCUCACGCCGACGGGGUUGGCGGCGCUGGAGAACGUCGCGGCGCGAGUGCGGAACGCGAAUAUCGCGUGGGAAGGUGCGACGUAUACUUAUGCGCAACACUGUUACAAAAUGGGGGCGACGUGCUACGAAAAGAGCGUGCUGAACGCGUUUGCGAACGCCACGGCGUACGGGUCGCAGUCGCUAAUCGACGCGGCGCUGAGCGCGUCCCCGUUGACCAGCGAGAACCCCAACGAUGGAUCUACGGUGUUGUUGAAGAACGUCGCCGGUGGAAUAACCAUGACUGGUGCCGUGCCGAGCGCCUCGGCGAUUUCUCUGACGUACUUGUUCAAGAAUAACGACGUGCUGAGGAACGGAGAUUACGUCGAUGAAAAGGGCGACGCGUUUGAUAGCGUCGUGCUCGAUAUUUUCGCCAAUCCUCCGUCCGGUUUCAGCGCUUCAUACGUCACCGAACGAUCAUUUUCCGACGAAUUUGGCAGCACAAUUCAAAGUGAUUUGCAAAAGCUUCAAAUCGCGCUGUUUUUGAUUCUCGCCUACGCCGCGCUCACGCUCAGCAAAUGGAACAUGGGAUGCGUCGGCUCUCGAGUGGGCGUCACUCUCGCGGGUAUCGUCUCCAUCGGCAUGGCCAUCGCAUCUGCGUACGGCAUCGGUGCUUAUUGUGGUCUCUUCUUCUCGCCGUUGAUGAAUGUUCUGCCGUUCUUAUUGCUCGGCAUCGGCGUCGACGACAUGUUUGUCAUCGUAAACUCGUACGACAACACGGAGGCGCGCGUCGACCCGGUCGAACGCAUGGGGCGGUCUUUGCGAGUCGCCGGGAUGAGCAUCACGGUCACAUCGGCCACGGAUGUCAUCGCCUUUCUCAUCGGUUCGUCCACGUCGUUGCCAGCGUUGAAGAACUUUUGCUUCUACGCGGCGCUCGGCAUCUUCUUUGACUAUCUCUACCAAAUCACCUUCUUCACCGCUUUCUUGUCCAUCGACGAGCGAAGAAAGAGCGAAAACAAAGCCGACUGCUUCUUUUGCUUGGACUGCCCUCCCGAGGCGUGCUGCGUGUGCUGUACGCCGAAAAAAAUGCCGAAGUCAUUGCUGCAAAUCGCUUUGGGCGAUGGUCUCGGUAAGCAACUCGGAAAGAAGCCCGUCAAAAUUUUUGUCCUCGCGUUCUUCUCCGCCAUCACCGUCGGCGGCAUCAUCGGUUCGACGAAGAUGCAAGUCGAUGCGGACGUGAACAAUUUCAUCCCAGAUGGAUCAUACUUGAAGAACUGGUUCGCCGACACAGACGCGUACUUUACCGAGUACGGUGACGCGGUCGAGAUCUACUCCAAGAGCACGCUCGAUUUGACGACGGAAGAUUCCAUCUUGCGCGCCGCCACGGCGGCGUUUACGGCGAAUCCGUACGUCAUCAACGAAUCCGUUCGUUCUUGGGUUGACGACUUUUACACAUAUCACACCACUACCAAUGGCGUGACCGUGACGUCGCUCAACUAUAUCCCAUCGCUCAAGACCUGGCUCAGCACCGCUGCUGGGUCUCAGUACAAAAACGACGUCGUGUUUGACGACGAGACGUCGCCGACGGCCAUCGUCAGCACGCGAAUUCACGGCAACCACAUAAAGACGGACAAGUCGAACGUCAACGUGCAGGCGAUGGAUACGUUGCGCGCCGCGAUUAACGCUGUCAGUGGUAACAACGGUCGAAUUUUCGCCUUUGGUAGUCAGUGGUUGAAUUACGAGCAGUACAAGUCGAUCACGAGCGAAGCCAUCAGGAAUAUUUCCAUCACUCUCGCGGCGUGCUUCGUCAUCAUCGCCAUGCUCGUCAUCGAGAUUAAAACCGUCGUGAGCGUGUCCUUGGCGCUGACGAUGAUUUUUGUCAACAUCGUCGGUUACAUGCACUUCUGGGGUCUCACCAUCGAUUCCGUGACCGUCAUCAUGCUCGUCAUCGCUCUCGGACUCGCCGUCGAUUACUCGGCGCACAUCGGUCGCGCGUACUUGGAAAAGACUGGCACCCCGGACGAACGCAUCGUUCGCACGCUCCAGGACAUGGGUGUCGCCGUCUGGAACGGUGCGAUGUCCACCUUCAUGGCUGUUCUCAUCCUCGGCUCCUCCGAUUCGUACGUCUUCCAAACCUUUUUCAAGCAGCUCUUCCUGUGCAUCGUCCUCGGCUUGAUGCACGGCUUGAUCUUCCUUCCGGUGGUGCUCUCCAUGUUGCGUCCCGCCGCGUACGCCGAGGCCACGUGACCGAGCUCACCGAAAUAAUCUUAUUCUUUCGCAUGCUUUCGUGCAAUUUGUUCCGUUAUCUCCGUGUAAAAUCACUCCGACAUAUAGAACG